CCUCUGUGCAGCCAAGUCCAUGCCCUUCGAUCGCGGUCUGACGAGCGCUGAGCAGAUCCUGAGGGCGCUUGCGCAUCACCUCGAUGGCAAAGUCGGCUAUGUCGUCUUUCGUGUCACAUAUGGCGACGACAAGAAGUGGGAGCAGUUCGUGGAGCGCUUGACAGGAUACAUGCACGCUGGCCUGGAGCACGAAACCAAUCGAGAGGUGGCCGAGGCACUGAAAGCCGUGUUCGAGUUGGACAUUCGCGACAACGAGACGGAGCUGAAGAAUGCAUCGAAGAGCGAGGUUCGAGCGUGUGUAUGGGCAGACGUUGAGAUCGCGAGGACAAGGCUGACAAUAAACAGUAUCUUUCGAGCCUGGGUCGCUAGUACCAAUGGCAUGUUCUCGAUCACCAAAUACGGCGCUUGCAUCUAUGCUGAUGAAGAGGUCGUCGAGUCCGUACUGCAAGGUGAGGAUCCUCGGGCUGGAUUCUUCGACACUCCGUACCAUGCAUACGUUAAGAUACUGGACUACCAGUUCGAGGACGAGCCGUAUCAGUACGACUCAGAGGAAGAGCCUGACGAGCAGGUUCGAGCGUCGCUGAACGCAGGUGACGACGGCUGCGACCCAAUCGAAGGCUGCAGAAGUUAUGAUGUGGGAUGGGUGAAGGCGGCAGCUAGGAUGUUGAUGCCAUGGGUUUACGCCAUGCUGUCCAAAGGCGAGGGUUGGGACUGGGUCUAUGUGCGGCCACCAGCGAUCUCCAAGCUAUAG